AUGAAAAACAUCAUUCGAAGGUCGAGGAUUUCCUGGUCGUCGAAAAGGGGCUCCAAGUCUUCUUUCGAUGGGGAGCAAACUCUCGGCCAAAACGAUGAUGCCAGCGUGCUGGAAGAGGACACCAGGGCCUUUUCAUCCUCGUCAUCCUAUCAAGAUGCUGUUCUUGUUGAAAUUAGCUUAAAUUGGACGCAGGACGAGGAGAGACUUGUGGAGGCUUUUUGUUCCACCAAGGAAGAGGAAGACAAUCAGCAGCAAAUGCACCCUGAAAAUAAUUCCUCGCUCUUCAUCGAGUCGUCAAUUGUUGCCACUCCACAUCCCCGUUCCCAGAAUUUCAGAUCCAACCCCGGUGCGAUGUCGCAAACCUCAUUUGAUCCGACAGGCUUUAUCGUCACAGAAUACUCUUCUGCGUCGAUGAGAGAAAUUACGGCCGAUCUUUUACACUUGGAUGAGGAUAUUGACGCGAACAUCUCAAUCCUAAAGUCUGUGGUUAAACGAAAUGUCGACCUCUACUUGUCAGCAUUCAGCAUUUUGCAAGAAUUGCACUCAUUGCGAAUAAAGACGGACACAUUCCUUACUCUCGGAUCAUCCCUGAAAGGUAUAAUACUCGGUUUAUCGUUUAUUUUCUAUAGAAUUGGAACGGAAAAUAGCCACAAUCACCUUGCCAACGCUUGA